AUGCAAGAGAAGGAUGAUCACAAACAAACACUGCUGACAAGCAAGUUGCUGUGGAUGUGGUCCAUAAUGGGGGUGCCCGGGGGUUUGUUGUGGCUCCUCAUUCUGAGUUUUUCAGAAGGCGUUUCAGUUCAACCAGAACCCAACAGCACAGUUUUACCAUCCACACCUCGUCCACCACCUAAGAACUUCACCACCGGUCAAGUGGAAACUACAAACCCAACUGCAGGCAACAGCAGAGCAGUUGAGGGGCAGGUCCAUCUGGCCAAUGGAGGAAACAGCUCCUGUUCUGGCAGAGUAGAGAUCUUCCUACGAGGACAGUGGGGGACGGUUUGUGACGAUUUCUGGGACCUGGUUGAUGCUCAGGUGGUGUGUAGACAGCUGGGCUGUGGCAGGGCCAUGUCAGCACCACAAAGUGCACGCUUUGGACAGGGCAGCGGGCCCAUCUGGUUGGAUGAUGUCACAUGCACAGGCAGCGAAUCAAAGCUCAGCGAAUGCAGACACAGGGGGGUUGGAUUCCACGACUGUAAUCACAAUGAGGAUGCUGGUGUGGUCUGCGAAGUUCGACCAGAACCCAACAGCACAGUUUUACCAACCACACCUCGUCCACCACCUAAGAACUUCACCACCGGUCAAGUGGAAACUACAAAAACAACUGCAGGCAACAGCACAGCAGUUGAGGGGCAGGUCCAUCUGGCCAAUGGAGGAACCAGCUCCUGUUCUGGCAGAGUAGAGAUCUUCCUACGUGGACAGUGGGGGACGGUUUGUGACGAUUCCUGGGACCUGGUUGAUGCUCAGGUGGUGUGUAGACAGCUGGGCUGUGGCAGGGCCAUGUCAGCACCACAAAGUGCCCGCUUUGGACAGGGCAGUGGGCCCAUUUGGUUGGAUGAUGUCACAUGCACAGGCAGCGAAUCAAAGCUCAGCGAGUGCAGCCACAGGGGGGUUGGAUCCCACAACUGUGAUCACACUGAGGAUGCUGGUGUGGUCUGCGAAGUUCGACCAGAGCCCAACAGCACAGUUUUACCAUCCACACCUCGUCCACCACCUAAGAACUUCACCACCGGUCAAGUGGAAACUACAAACUCAACUGCAGGCAACAGCAGAGCAGUUGAGGGGCAGGUCCUUCUGGCCAAUGGAGGAAACAGCUCCUGUUCUGGCAGAGUAGAGAUCUUCCUACGAGGACAGUGGGGGACGGUUUGUGACGAUUUCUGGGACCUGGUUGAUGCUCAGGUGGUGUGUAGACAGCUGGGCUGUGGCAGGGCCAUGUCAGCACCACACAGUGCACGCUUUGGACAGGGCAGCGGGCCCAUCUGGUUGGAUGAUGUCACAUGCACAGGCAGCGAAUCAAAGUUCAGCGAAUGCAGACACAGGGGGGUUGGAUUCCACGACUGUAGUCACAAUGAGGAUGCUGGUGUGGUCUGCAAAGUUCGACCAGAACCCGUCAGCACAGUUUUACCAACCAAACCUCGUCCACCACCUAAAAACUUCACCACCGGUCAAGUGGAAACUACAAAAACAACUGUAGGCAACAGCACAGCAGUUGAGGGGCAGGUCCAUCUGGCCAAUGGAGGAAACAGCUCCUGUUCUGGCAGAGUAGAGAUCUUCCUACGUGGACAGUGGGGGACGGUUUGUGACGAUUUCUGGGACCUGGUUGAUGCUCAGGUGGUGUGUAGACAGCUGGGCUGUGGCAGGGCCAUGUCAGCACCACACAGUGCACGCUUUGGACAGGGCAGUGGGCCCAUCUGGUUGGAUGAUGUCACAUGCACAGGCAGCGAAUCAAAGUUCAGCGAGUGCAGACACAAUGGGGUUGGAUCCCACGACUGUAAUCACAAUGAGGAUGCUGGUGUGGUCUGCGAAGCUGGUUCACCAGUGAGGCUGGUCAACUCUGACAACCGGUGCUCUGGCAGAGUGGAAGUCUACCAUGAUGGACAGAAUCUUCGGUUAUUGAAGAUUCUCAUGAUGAUCUUCUCUUGUAUAUAA